UCUAGAGCAGGAGGAGGGACGUUAGCUCGCUGGCCAAGUCUUGACAGUUAGCGUUCCUUAGCUAGCAGCUGUAUGCUAAUAUUAGUCAACGGGACUAAAUGCUGUUUUGGAUAAAAGGUGGGGUAACCGCCCCCAGUAUGCCAGGCUAGCUUUAACUGUUGUGAGCAAUCACCGGGGCUCUAAGGAAGCUCGUGCAUAGGGCUAGAGGGCUUGCACCAGCUGCUUAAGGAUCAGAUCAUAUCGGGCCAGACUGACCACAUCAAACUGGAUGAAACUAGGUCAGGCUGAAUCAAACCAGACUGAGACCAGAUCAGAACAGAGCAGACCUGACUGAUCCAGACUAUACCAGGCCCGUCCAGGAGACCUGUUCCAGUUUCUUAUCCAGUUGAGGGCUCGAGAGUGGAUGGAAGGAGAUGAUUUUAACACAGAGGCUGUGAUGAACAUCUGUGAAGCCUGCAAACCUAACAUUUUGUGGCCAUGUAAAGAAACGGUGUUUUCUACCUGCCCAUGAUGACCUGAUGGCAGACCAAAGGAUGGACAUCUCGUCUACAAUGACUGACUUCAUGUCCCCCGGCUCUACCGACCUCAUCUCCAGCUCCAUCAGCACGCCUGGCAUGGACUACACCCGCAAGAGGAAGGGCAGCACCACCGAUUACCAAAUUGAUGGCUUCUCAUUUGAUGACAUGGACCCAGACAAAGAUAAACUAGGAAGUGACCAACAGGGCCGGAUUAAGAAUGCCAGAGAGGCUCACAGCCAGAUCGAGAAGCGUCGCAGGGACAAGAUGAACAGUUUCAUCGACGAGCUGGCGUCACUCGUGCCCACCUGUAACGCCAUGUCCCGCAAGCUAGACAAGCUGACGGUCCUCCGCAUGGCUGUCCAGCACAUGAAGACACUCAGAGGUGCAGCCAACCCGUACACAGAGGCCAACUACAAGCCUUCCUUUCUCUCAGAUGAUGAACUGAAGCACUUGAUACUAAGGGCUGCUGAUGGUUUCCUGUUUGUGGUUGGUUGUGACCGUGGAAAGAUCCUCUUUGUUUCUGAAUCAGUCUACAAGAUUCUCAACUACAGCCAGAACGACCUUAUAGGUCAGAGCCUGUUUGACUACCUUCACCCCAAGGACAUUGCCAAGGUCAAAGAGCAGCUGUCCUCUUCCGAUACGGCCCCACGAGAGCGGCUCAUUGACGCUAAAACUGGUCUUCCAGUGAAGACAGACAUCACCCCCGGCCCAUCUAGACUCUGUUCUGGAGCCAGACGGUCGUUUUUCUGCAGGAUGAAGUGCAACAGGCCCUCUGUCAAAGUAGAGGAUAAAGACUUUCCCUCCACCUGCUCUAAGAAAAAAGCGGACCGCAAGAGCUUCUGCACCAUCCACAGCACGGGCUACUUGAAGAGCUGGCCGCCCACCAAGAUGGGUCUCGACGAGGACAACGAGCCCGACAACGAGGGCUGUAACCUGAGCUGCCUGGUGGCCAUUGGCCGCCUGCACCCCCACAUAGUCCCCCAACCCAGCCUGGCAGACAUCAGGGUAAAGCCCACAGAGUACGUCUCCCGGCACGCCAUCGACGGCAAAUUCGUCUUCGUUGACCAGAGGGCCACAGCCAUCCUAGCCUACCUGCCCCAGGAGCUGCUGGGAACGUCCUUCUACGAGUAUUUCCACCAAGACGACAUCGGCCACCUGGCAGAGUGCCACAGACAAGUGCUGCAGAUGAGAGAGAAGAUCAACACCAACUGUUACAAAUUCAAGAUCAAAGACGGCUCCUUCAUCACGCUGAGGAGCCGAUGGUUCAGCUUCAUGAACCCCUGGACCAAGGAUGUGGAGUACAUCGUCUCCACCAACACUGUUGUCUCGUGUCCCAUGAUGGAAGGAUCAGACUACCCUCAGUCUGCUGCCUCACCGCAGAGUAUGGACAGUGUUCUCACCUCAGAGGUGGGCGGAGGAAGGAGGCCGCUGCAGACGGUCCCCGGCAUCCCCGGUGGCACAAGAGCGGGAGCCGGCAAGAUCGGACGCAUGAUUGCAGAGGAAGUGAUGGAGAUUCAGAGGAUCCGAGGGUCCUCCCCCUCCAGCUGUGGCUCCAGCCCUCUGAACAUCACCAGCACCCCUCCACCUGACACCUGCUCUCCAGGGGGCAAGAAGAUUCAGAACGGAGGCACACCCGAACUGCCGAGCACAGGGAUCAUUCCUGGACCUGAUUCUGUGGGCUAUCCCUACUCCAACCAGUCCAUCAUGAGUGACAACUCCCACCUGAGCAUAGACAUCAUGGACGAUCCCGGUUCCAGCAGCCCCAGCAACGACGAGGCGGCCAUGGCGGUCAUCAUGUCCCUGCUGGAGGCGGACGCUGGCCUGGGCGGCCCCGUUGACUUCAGCGACCUGCCUUGGCCUUUGUGAGGAAGUUUGAAGGGAGGAAGCGGAGGGAGGGAGUGUAGACUCCCUCAAGAGCCACUGAUGGAGAGAGUUCAGUCAGGGGGAAUUCUGGCUGCCAUGUUUCCUGCCCUCCGUACACAACUACACUGAAAAAACAUGUCAAUCUUAACAAAUGAUUUUUUUUAAUCAAGAAGGCUGCAAAUACUGAAGAUUUUUCCUUAAAGUACCACACACAAGGGGAGACGAGGCUCUCACUGCUGUUCGGAUUACACUCCUACUUUUUGAUUCAUCAUUCCCUGUAGGUGGACAAGUGACCCUCAAUUUCACUGGAGCAGACAGAAGGAUUUUUAUAUAAAAACCCUGCUCCCAGUGAUGUGUUAAGAUGAUUCUUUUUGCAGUGUUAGUUGCCUGCAGACGAGGAGUUCCCUAACAUUGCCACGGUGAGAGACCAUUACUCCAACAGUAGUGCAGCGAAUGGGAUCUUAAGUUACAGGAUUGCGGUGCUAAAGUGUCUGCUGACGGACUGAACUCUGUCUAACGGUGGCUCUGGUCCCGGUCAUUGCCACAUCAACGGCCGACCCCGAACCAACAAAGAACUCCUGAGGCGUUCAGACAGUGGUUGAAGUUUGAUGUGGGAUGGUGUUGGGCGGAGAGCGCUUGAUUUCCGGCUCCUGCCGCAGCCUUCUCAGCAUCUCUUAACUGUACGUUCAAGUCUCAUCGUAGGAUGUGGCUGUUUUAGCCAGCUGACCUCUAACAUGGGACGCGACACACACAACAGUUAUCCUCCGAAGAUUUGCUUGGAAGAUUCUAAGAGGUUCUUUAUUCCCAAGCCGCAAAAUUCCACAGGUGUAUUUCAGUUCAUUUAGGUAAUGACAAAAGCCACCUAGCUGCUGUUUCCUUAACUAACUUGAAUGUUUUCCUCACCAAAUGAUAUUUUCCCAGAAGUGUAGAGCAGAUUCUGUAUUUUUCCAUUAAUUUUAAACACAACGGAUCUGCGUAAAACUACUGCAGUACAUCUGUAAGAAGUAAGCUGCGAUCAAUUAAAGCUGUCCAAAAAGAA